AUGCAUAUCAAACAGAUUAUUAUCCAGGGCUUCAAAAGCUACAAGGAGCAAACCGUAAUCGAACCCUUUUCCCCCGGUACCAAUGUUAUUGUUGGUCGCAACGGUUCAGGCAAGAGUAACUUCUUCGCCGCCAUCCGAUUCGUCCUCAGCGAUGCCUACACCAACAUGAGUCGCGAAGAGCGCCAGGCCCUGCUUCACGAGGGUUCGGGCUCGGCCGUCAUGUCAGCAUACGUCGAGAUCAUCUUCGACAACACCGAUAAGCGUUUCAGCGAACCCGGCGACGAGGUCGUUAUCAGGAGGACGAUCGGUCUCAAGAAGGACGAAUAUUCAGUCGACAAGAAGGUGCAGACUCGUGCCGAUGUCCUCAAGAUUCUGGAAACGGCCGGCUUCGCCAAGGAAAACCCCUUCUACAUCGUUCCCCAAGGUCGUGUCGCAGCCAUCACCAACAUGAAGGAGAACGAAAGACUCAACCUGCUCAAGGAAAUUGCCGGUACCAACCUUUACGACGACAGGCGCAUACAGUCUCUGAAGAUUAUGGCCGAGACAAAUAGCAAGCGCGAGAAGAUCGACGAGUUGCUCGAGUACAUCAAGGAGCGUCUUAGUGAACUGGAGGAGGAGAAGGACGAACUCCGCGACUUCCAAGAAAAGGACCGCGAACGCAGGUGUCUCGAGUACGCCCACUGGCACCGCCUACAGGAGACCAACAACAACACUCUGGAGCAGAUCGAAGAGGUGAGGCAGGGAGGUGCUGGCGCAACGACCAAGGACCGGGUCCAACUCCAGAAAACGGAAAAGGAAAUUGCUGCCCUCGACCACAAGUUCCAGGAGCUGAAGCAGACUCUUGAGCUCCUGGCCAUCGAACGGCGCCAGUUGGAUGAGGACAGGAAAGACACCGCGCGUUCGCAGGCAAAGGCAGAGCUGAAGCUGAAGGAUCUCGACGAGACACGACAUUCGCGCGAGAAGGCCCAGCAGCAACAGGAAGCGGAGCUGAACGAGGUCAGGCGAAGGAUCCAGGCUGCCGAGUCAGAGCUUGCCAAAAUCACACCAGACUACGAGAAAUGGAAGAAGGAGGAGGAAGAAUUGGCGGCCGCAAGGGAUCUGGCGGCCACUGGUCGUACCAGGUUGCUGACGAAGCAGACGCGAAGCUCCCAGUUCAGGACAAAGGCCGAGCGCGAUGCUUUCCUGAAGAGCGAGAUCGAGGAGACGACCAUGCAGCUUGCGAACCAGCGGGCCAAUGAGAUGGAUGCGAAGGAACAGGUUACGCUGGUCGAGAACUCGAUCAAGCAACUAGAGAAGGAGAUCCAAAACAUCCGUGACAGGCUCGAAGGAUACGGUGAGGACCGGUCAUCAAUCGCCGAGAAGCUGACCAAGGCUCAGGAGGCCAGGGAACACUUGUUGCCGGUCGAACAGGUGGCGGGUAACAGCCUUUUCCACUAUGUCGUCGACAACGAAAAAACGGGCACCAUGCUGUCCGAGUAUCUCCACAAGAGCUAUGGCGGUCGUGUCACAUUUAUGCCGCUUGAGCAACUACGGCCAAGGCAGGUGAAGAUGCCAAGGGCCUCGGACGCCCAGCCACUUAUCAACAAAAUUGAGUUUGACCCGAUAUACGAAAAGGCAUUCCAGCAGGUCUUUGGGCGCACGAUUGUCUGCCCUAACUUGUCGAUAGCCUCUCAGUAUGCACGCACACACGGUGUAGAUGCCAUCACCCCCGAAGGUGAUACAACCAACAAGCGGGGUGCCAUGACCGGUGGCUUUGUUGAUGCUCGCCGAUCACGGUUGGAGGCGGUCCGGAGACUCGAAGAGCUUCGGGAACUUUACGAGCAACAGCUGGAAGACUUGGACAGGAUCAAGAAGGAAGAUGAGAUUCUGGAGCAAAAGAUCACGAGCGCUAAUGGCGAGGAACGUAAGCUCGAUCAACAAUUGCGCCAGUUCGAGUCAGGUUUCGAUCCCCUGAAGGUCGACUUGCGGACGAAACAGCUUCAGUUGGAGCGCGAGCGGCGACAUCUUGAAGACGCCAAGAUGCGCUGGGCGGCCAUCGAGAAGAACCUGAAGGAGUUUGACGAGAACCUCACAGCAUACCGGGCCGAAAUGGCUUCCGAGUUCAAGAAGGCGCUAUCAGCCGCCGAGGAGCGCCAGCUCGAGGAGUUCGGUGCCGAAGAGCACCGCCUGCAGAUGCAGUUGAAGGAAAUCAGCAAGAAGCGUCUGGAGCUGGAAGGCCGCAAGAAGUCACUGGAGACGGAACUUCGGGCACAUCUCAGGCCGCAGGAGGAUCAGCUGCGCAGCCAAGCCUUUGAGAACUCCGCUACUGGUGGAAGCGGGAGCUUUAAGGACGCUCAGAAGGAACUCAAGAAGCUUAAGAAGGCUGCUGCUGAGGUCGACAGGCAACUGCAGGAGAACGAGGAGAAGACGGAGGGCAUCGCCGCCGAAAUUGCCGAGCUAGAGGCCCACAAGGCGCAAAAGGAGCAGGAACAACAAGAGCUCCAGAAGCGGAUCGAUCAGUAUCAAAAGAAGUUGGAGAAGAACUCUCAGACCAAGGCUCGUCUGCUCCAACAGGCGGCUGAGUAUGCCAAGAACAUUCGUGAUCUUGGUAUUUUGCCUGAGGAAGCCUUUGGCAAACUGCGCAAGGUCAAUGAGGCUCUCAAGAAGUACAAGCACAUCAACAAGAAAGCCUUUGACCAAUACAACAACUUCACAACCCAGCGCGAGCAGCUCCUGAAGCGUCGCAAGGAGCUCGACACCUCGCAGAAGUCGAUUGAGGAGCUCAUUCAGCAUCUCGAUCACGCCAAGGACGAGGCCAUUGAGCGGACGUUCAAGCAGGUGUCUAGAGAGUUCUCCACCAUCUUCGAGAAGCUUGUGCCUGCCGGCCACGGCCGUCUGGUCAUACAGCGCAAGGCUGCCGGCAGCAAGAACCGCAAUCCAGAGGACUCGGACGAAGAUGGCCCUUCCUCCGCUAAGGGCGUCGAGUCCUACAGCGGUGUGGGCAUCAGCGUCAGCUUCAACUCCAAGGUUAUGGAUGAGCAGCAAAAGAUUCAGCAACUCAGUGGUGGACAGAAGAGUCUCUGCGCCCUCUGCCUCAUCUUCGCCCUCCAGGCCGCCGAAUCCUCCCCCUUUGUCAUCUUCGACGAGGUCGACGCCAACCUGGACGCGCAGUACCGCACUGCCGUCGCCGCGCUGCUGGACUCCAUCUCCAAGACGCAGAAGACCCAGUUCAUCUGCACCACGUUUCGGCCGGAAAUCGUCCUGGUGGCUGAUAAGUGCUAUGGCGUUACGUUCCAUAAUAAGACGAGUACGAUUGAUUGUGUGCCGACGGAGGAUGCGUUGAAUUUCGUCGAGGGACAGGUUAGUGGGAAGUGAGUGGUGAGAGUGGUGUAUGGCAUGAGGUGUGACGGGGAUGAUGGGAUGAGUAGGAGAAGGAGGAGGAGAAGGAGGAGUAAGAAAGGGAGAGGGUGGUGGUAAGGCAGGCUGUAUAUGGUAUCUUGUCUCUUUUUUUUCAAGUAUGGUGUUUGAGUUAUCGUGCGGAUAUGCGCUUUGAUGCGUUAUCUUGUCGUUGAAAAGAGUGGUCCAGUUGUUCACG